AUGGUUCAAUCCAACAACAACAGUAGUAUUCCAUCAAAAUGUCAAUAUUCAUCUUACGUGUUUUUAAGGAAAGUUAAUGAACAAGAAUUUCGUGAUACAGUAUUUAUAAAACGAAAAACUGAAAGACCGUUCCUCAUUCCAUCACCUGUGUCUGGUAUUAUUCGUCAACAAUUUUCAACUGUUGAAUUUAUUCAAAAUCAAACAAGUGAACAACGUUCUCAACAUAUUAUUGAUAUAUUUGAAAAAUAUUUUGGUGAAAAUAUUCGAAAAAAUCCACGUACAUGGAAUGGUCGUUUUAGAACAAUGGCUCAAACAUCGUAUGCAUUUUAUCGAGGAAGUGCUAUUUUAUUCUAUCAGGAUUUAAAACAGCAUAAUGAUCAAUGGGUGAAAAAUAAUCCAGCAGCAUCAAAUAUUUUCUUACAUGGUGAUUUACAUGCCGAAAAUUUUGGUAUAUAUCUAAAUAGUAAUGGUAUUUUAAAUUUUGAUGUUAACAAUUUUAAUGAAGGAUAUUAUGGUCCUUUCACAUGGGAUUUAAAACGUUUAAUAACAAGUUUAAAUUUAAUAUUAUACGCAAAAGGAUUUAGUGAUUUGCAAAUUGAAGCUAUUUUAUUUGUAUGUGUUGGUGAAUAUUUAAAACAAGUCUAUGAAUUUUGCAAACAAGAAAAGAAUUAUUUUGCAUUAACAUUACAAAAUACUAAAGGAGAAAUAUAUGAAUUAUUACAGCGAACAAAAAUUAAAUCUCAUGCACAUCAUUUAGAUAAUUUGACACAUAUUAAAGAUUAUGAACGAAAAUUUAUCCGAAAUAAGACAAUCAAAGAUGUUGAUGAACAAUUAUAUGAGAAAAUACUCGAUGCAUUUCAACAAUAUUUAAAUACAAUAUCAGAAAAUAAACACCAUAAUAAAAUGACGUACAGUGUUAAAGAUAUUGUGAAAUGUCAACAUUCAGGUAAUGGUAUUGUAGAUAAACUUAGUUACAAUAUUUUAAUUCAAGGCGAUACAGAAAUAGUAGAAUCAGAUACAAUUCUCUAUAUGAAACCGGCUCAAAAAUCAGUCAUUAGUUUUACUCUAAAAAAUGAACAAUUUGAAAAAAAUUAUUUAAAACAUGAUGGAUUACGCACUGUUUUGUGUUCGUAUGCCAUGCAAGCAAAUGUUCCAAAAUGGAUAGGUUACACAACAUUAGAUAAUACCCCGUAUGUCAUAGAUGAAAUCAGUGCAUAUGUUGCAGAAUUAGAUUGGAGUGAUAUUAAUCAUUAUGAAGAUAUCAUAGAAAUUGUUAAAUAUCUUGGCAAAGCAACAGCAAAAAUUCACUGCGUUUCUGAUUCUGAUUGUAAACAUACUCUUAAACAUGCGUCUCGUUUACCAGUUGAAAUUAUUCCACAACAUACCGAGGUAACCAUUUGUGAUGCAGUUCGUGGACGUGAUAUAGAAUUCAUUCAUAGUAUUGUUGAUUUCGGUAUGGCGUAUGGUGAAUUGACAAGACGUGACCAUCAUCUAUUUUUUGAAGCAUUUCGGAAAAAUAAAAUACAUGGACUGUAA